AUGACUCACUCCGCCACCACCAUAUCAUCCCUCCUCUCCACCACCCCCCUAGACCUCACCCCCUACGAAGCCCUCUACAAACACUUCCACGCGCAUCCCGAACUCUCCCGACAAGAGAAACACACCUCAGAAAAACUCGCCGCGCAUCUCACCCAACUCGGUGUCUUCGACAUCCACACCCACAUCGGCGGGUACGGUCUCGCCGGCGUCUUCCGCAAUGUCACGGACGAAUCCAAAAGCAACCAAACGGUCCUUCUCCGCGCAGACAUGGACGCCCUCCCCGUCAAGGAACUAACCAACCUGCCCUACGCCAGCACCACCACCAUGCUUGACACAGACGGCAACGACCGACCCGUCAUGCACGCCUGCGGCCACGACAUGCACAUCACCUGUCUCCUCGCGGCAGCCGAAACCCUCGUCAAGCUGCGGGACGCAUGGAGCGGGACGCUGAUCGUGCUAUUCCAGCCGGACGAAGAGCGCGGGGGCGGCGCGCAAGCCAUGGUCGACGAUGGGCUUUAUUCACGCAUCCCCGUGCCGGACGUAGUUCUUGGGCAGCAUGUCAUGCGCAUGCGGGCGGGGAGUGUCGCGUCCCGCGAGGGGGCGAUUAUGGCGGCGGCGGAUAGUAUGAAGAUCACGGUGUUUGGACGGGGCGGACAUGGGUCGCAGCCGCAUCAGACGGUGGAUCCGGUGUUACUUGCGGCGCAUAUCGUGGUGAGGUUGCAGAGUAUCGUGAGUCGGGAGAUUAAUCCGGCGGAUUUGGCGGUGUUGACGGUGGGGAGCUUGCAGGCGGGCCAGACGGAAAAUAUUAUUGCGGAUCGGGCGGAGAUUGGGGUCGAUUUUAGGUCUGUGAGGUUGGAGGUUAGGGAGCAGAUUAUUGAGGGCAUUAAGAGGAUUGUGCAGGCUGAGUGUCUGGCUAGUGGGUCGCCGGUGUCGCCGGUGUUUACCCCGACGAGGAGGUUUCCGCCUACGGUUAAUGAUGGGGAUGUGGCUAGGAGGGUUGCGGAGACGUUUGCGGGCCAUUUUGAGGAUUUUGAUCCUGAUGUGCCUAGGACUAAUAUCGCCGAGGACUUUAGUACCCUUGCUACUUGUCGGGGUAUUCCGAGUUGUUUUUGGUUGCUUGGGGGUGUGGAUCAGGAGGUUUGGGAUAGGGCUGAGAAGGAGGGGAAGGUUGAGGAGAUUCCGGGGAAUCAUUCGGCGCUGUUUGCGCCGGUGGUGCAGCCGACGUUGAGGACGGGGGUUGAUGCGUUGUGUUUGGCGGCGCUGACGUUUUUGAGGAAGUAG